AUGAACAAGUAUUACAGUAGCUUGUUAACAAUAUAUUUAAUUUAUUUGAGAUCAUCGAUUGAAUUGAGCACUUCUGAUUAUGAUAAGGAGAAGCUCCAAGAGAGAUUAGCAAAACUUUCUGGUGGUGUUGCUGUUUUGAAGAUUGGAGGAGCGAGUGAAGCUGAAGUUGGUGAGAAGAAGGAUAGAGUUACUGAUGCUCUAAAUGCUACAAAGGCUGCAGUUGAAGAAGGAAUUGUGCCAGGUAGAUUAAAUCAUGUCCACACAUGCUAUUUACUAAGUAUUUGUUUUUAAUUGUGAUAAUGAUAUCAACAAAUAUAUAAUAUAAUAUAGGUUGUGGU